GCCCCGUCCCGGAUGGUGCAGGACGUUCUUGAACUGAUUGUUUGCAUUCGUGUUCGCACGUUGCAGGGCACACAUAUCACAGUCGCAUCUUCGGCUUCCUCCUCGAACAACGGCCUUCCCUAUACGCGUGGCUUGCGAAAGUGACUGUGGGGUUUAAUCCCAAGACGACGAACCAGCUGAAGCAAUUGUAUGACAUCCAGUCAGGGACUGCCAAGGACGAAACAUGAAGGUCCAUAUGCGACGUUCCGUUUCUUACGUAUGACCACAUGAUCACAGUCUUCUGCACGACGGAGGCCGCGUACGGUCCGUGAACAAGCGAUACUGCGUCUCUUGGCCGAGCUCAAUGCCAAACGUGACCUCCGAUGCACGGAACACUUCACCGAUGUCGUACCGAGCCGUGAUAUAAACCCGCCGCAACCUCCGUCACCGUAGUUUCUACGACGCUACGCUGCGCAACUUCCAGAGGCUCAUGGCACGCUUCGCUGCUAUCCUUGUCACUGUCCUAUCGGUGGGCUAUGUCCGCGCUAUUGCAGUACCGUCAACAACACCCUCGGGAGCGGUCUCUGUCGACCCCUCGCUCGUCAGCGUCUCGGUAGAAUUCUUCGCUUUCCCAGGCUACACCAACAUCACGGGAACGAACAACUGCCUUGCGAACCUUGCUACUCUCAGAGGCGCGCAGCCCGCCGUCCGCAUUGGCGGCACGACCCAGGACCGUGCGACGUACAAUGCAUCCCUGCAGACUGCAGUCAACUAUACGGUAGCUUCGCCUGCCGACGCUCCGACGAGCCUUACAUACGGCCCAUCCUUCUUCACUCUCGCGAACGGGCUGAAGGGCGACGUCACGGUCGGGCUUAACCGUCAGCUGAACAACCAGGCGAACACGCUCUCCGCGGCAUCGCUGGCGAAGUCCUCCGUAAGCAGGCUGCUCGCGUUCGAGCUCGGAAAUGAGCCGGACUUGUACUCUAGCAGCUCACCUAUAGCGUCAGGAACCGGCUGGAGCAACUCCAUCGACAUUUCCAAUGAGGCGAAGUGGUUUACGGCCCUUGCACCGACUCUCGGAAAUAUCUUCCAGGGUGCUGUUUACCUUUCCUGGAACACCUCGACGCUGGUUUCGGGCAUCGGCAGCGCGGCCCUGGCCACCAUCAAGACCAUCUCCCGUCAUUCCUAUCCGCAGUCGGCUUGCGGUGGCGCGAGCACCAACCUGCCAAGUCUAAUGAGCCAUUCGGGAAUUGUAUCAUAUGUGAGCCAGUACAAGGCAGAGGCGACUAUAGCGCAUAACGCUGGAAAGAAGUUCUUCCUGGGCGAGACCAACUCAGCGACUUGUGGCGGGGGUGGCAUCAGCCCUACCUUUGGGGCUGGGCUCUGGAUCAUUGACUAUGUCCUGCAGAGUGCCCUCAUCGGCGUCGACCGUCUGUAUUUCCACCACGGGACCAUCAGCAACUGUGCAUACUGCUGGUGGGGCCAGAGCGCCGUCUACUCGCCCUACUACGGGGCCGUCUUCGUGUCCGAGUUCCUCGGCGCAGACGGCGCUCAGCUCGCCGCUCUCGACAACGGCACGUCCGCGAUCGCGGCAUACGCCGUCUACUCCUCCGCGAAUGCGCCCCUGCGGCUGCUCGUUGUCAACACGAACUAUUACAACGGCACUGGGACGCGCGCGGCGACGACCGUGCAGUUCACUGGGCUGACGACCGCCAGCGGGACGAAGAGCGCGAAGCGGCUGACGGCGCCGGACGCGACGAGCCGGACGGACGAGGGCGCGCAGGUGACGAUCGGGGGCAAUGGGACGUUCUCGGGCAGCUGCGUGAGGCAAGGGACGGAGGGGACGGAGAGUGUGGCGGUGAACGGGGGUGCGUUAACGGUUUCGGUGCUUGCGUCGGAAGCGCUUAUCGUGUAUUUGUGAGAAUUGUGAGCGGCAACCAUGCUUGAGAAGCUUAAC